AUGAUGCGAACAUCUGGUUUUGCAUCUUUACCUGGCCGUACUCCCUGUUAAUAUUUGCUAGGGCAUUUGCAAAAUAUCUACUUUUCGUCACUUGUUAUCUUUUUUCCAUAACCGGUUAUCUUUCAGAUUUUGAAUUAAAAUUUUGCUAAUUUAACUCACUGAUAGGCUUGGGCCUCUGUCAAGUAAUUCAGGUCGGGCCUUAGUAACCGUCGGACCAUAAUCUCAGGUUUUUCAGAUGACCAGCCAAUGUUGCCCCAUUAGAAGCCCCUUCUUCAGCCGAUAAAUCACGCUUAUUUACAUGUGGGUCCUGGUUCACACAUUCAAGAAGAAUGUCAUCAUCAAUAAGCGAAUUGAUCUGAGAUUAUCUGCAAGGCUCAUAUUCCCCUUGUUUAAGUGCUUGAAUCAAGGUACAGCAGUCUGAUCAUUCUCAUAUUAAUGCCAUACUGCUGUGAUUAAAAAAAUAGUUUCAUAGACAACUAAUAGUCUAAAUUAAGUUAAUAGGAAUUAGCAAUAACAUUGCACUUACAAUUGUUGAAAAUUGCUCAUCUAAGUUAUGCCUAAAUAGAGAAGGGGUUGUACGCAGUGAUACAUGGCUGCACUAAAUUCAGGCAAUACAUUUGGGUACCAAAAAUCACCAUAGUAACACACCAUUCGCCAUUGGUUCCCCAGUGACUAAUUAGAUGAAGAAAUAGCGUCUCACGUAAAUUUAAUAACAAAUUAAUUUCCAGUUAGACCAGAUACCAUACAUUGAAUAAAGAAACAAACCAAAUAUGAUGAAGAAUUGGAAAUUCUUCUUCAUUAUUAUCAGAGUGGACGGCCAAACUCCAAAUCUGAAGUUGCUCCAUUUGUAAAGCCGUGUUGAAGUUUUGGCAAAAGAAACAUUAUUGACGGCCUGUUAUGCCGAAACGACAGCAUAAUAAUCCCAAAAAGUCUAGGGAAAAAAUUGUUAUCGACGGUCCAUGUAGCACAUAUGGGCUUAGAACGUAUCCUAGCAAUGAUCAGAGGUGUAAUACACUGGUCAAAUAUGUCGGUGGAUAUAAAAAAUUUAAUUAAAUCAUGUGGUACAUGUCUUUCUCAUUAACGCCAGGAUUUCAUGGAAUCUCAUCAAGUGCCCUCAAUGCCAUGGCAGAAAGUUGUAGCUGACUUUUCAAGUUUUGAUCAACGCAUGUAUCUAAUUGUCGUUGACUAUUAUUUUAAGUUUAUCGGAAUGAUUAACGUAACUAGUAUAAAUGCUCCAACAGUGAUCAGUUGCUUUAAAACAAUUUUUUGCCGUUUCGGAAUUCCAGUCCAGCUAGUGCAGACAGAGGUCCACCCUUUUCAUCGCAGAAUUUCUAAACUUUACUGAAGAUUGGACAAUUGAAACAGUUAAACUAGUCCAUAUCAAUCUAAAUCUAAUGGCAUGGCUGAAAGUGCUUUUAAAAACUUACUUAGUAAAUGUAAAGAUUCUGGAUAUGGAUAUUAGACACUCCGACACCUAAAGUCAAAAGUCCAAUUCUAAACUACUAAAAACGUGGCUAGUGAUCUCAAAACUACUAAAAAUGGCAGAAUGAAAGAAAAAAGAAGAGCAUGUAUUAUAAUUAACAAUUAAUAUUUCAUUAGGUUUAAUAAUUAUAUUAUUUGUAUUAGAAUGUUAUGUCAUCUCUGUCUAGAUUUAAUAUGUUGUUGUAACUUCUCAGUUUGUAAUUAUGGCUUGGAGUUAUAUAAUAAAGUUUUCUUGAUGUCAGCUGGUUUAUUAACUUUACAACACUACUCUCAUAAAUUUUGAGGACACAACUUGCGCCAUAAACUCUACUUCUGGGCACUACUGUACCGUUGAAAUCAAGAGUUGGAAACGCUCGAGAGAAACAUGAUAUAGGAAACAUUAUGACAGAUUCGAAACAGUCCGCCAAUGAUUACUAAAAAUGUAUUACUUUUUUCUGGAAAAUAGGUAGCUGUUAAUGAUACAACUAAACCGACACCACAAUUGUAAUUAUUUGAGCAGAGGCUUCAGUACCUCUUCAUUAUCACAAAUAAAUGGAAAAAGAUACUUACAGUAAAACAAAGUUUCAAGUGUUUAUAAAACUUAAUAAUGAAAUGCCCAUAUAUUUUUAAAAUAUAUAUAAAAGAAUGAAAGAUAUAAAUUACUAUGAUAAAACUAGCAUUUGAUAAUUACCUCCCGAAGAGGUUAUCCCGUCAGAUUCUGAACAUUUUAAACACACUUUCGCUAGUACGUUGUUAUUGUAGCAAUGCCUAAAUACCUAGGACAUAUAUUAACCGACGACGUCGUGGUUAAUUAUAAAAAUGCCGACAGAGAUGAAUGCUUGCAUUUUCUCACUCAUAUUGACACAUCGUGUCAUAAUUUAGCCUCAAUUGUAUCACCAACAGCUAAAAAAAUUUACACAUCAUCAUUUAACGCUUGGUGUUUGAAGAUGAAUUUUGAUGUAAAACAUAUGGAUAUCCAAGGUUUUGAUACUAAUAAAAGCUACAAAAUAACAUACAAAGGAAACAAAUACAUCUAUUCAUUUAUAGAUUCUAAAUUUACAACAGGCUCUGUUGCUCUCCUAUUACAUGGGACUUUUGGUUCUUAUUUAUACACUGGAAAUUUCUGUUACCACCCAGGAUUUGUGAAAUCCCCUGUUUUACUGCCAGUAAUUAAGGAAAAGGCAUUAACGAGACUUUAUCUCGACAACAUGUACUAUGAACAGCCAUCCAAUUUCUUAGGAUUUGAUGAAAUUGCUUUCAAAGUUGUUGAAAAUAAUAGGAACGACCCGAUGAAAUUUUUUUAUAUAUAUGCUGAAAAAAUAACAAUGGACCCACUUAUUGCAGAGAUUGCUUCUAGGCUGGAGGAGAAAGUUUACGUUUGUCAAAGCACUUUGGAAAUAAUGAAAAUUCUUGGAUUUGAAUCAUUCUUCACUCGUCUUUCUUAUAAAUCACGAGUUUUUAUCAAUAAAACAAUUAUUAAAACAAAAGAUUUUGAACAAAAUAACGUUACAAUUUACUUAAACCGUUUUUCUGAUUCAUGUAAAAGUUUUCAGAAAAUUGAGAAAAAAGGAAGUGUAUACAAUUUUAAUUUUUACUGUCAUAGCAACCACAAGGAACUUUGUGAACUACUCAGAAUAUUGAAACCUGAAUCAAUGACUUUCCUUUUUUCCGAAAUUGAAUAUGAUUUUUCCCGGACUGUGGUAUUGAAAGGUGUAUCAGCCAAGCAAUCGGUUAAUGUUGGAGGUGCUACAAAUAAAGCAGUGAAAAAGAUACCUAGACAAUUAAUUUCAUCCAAAAUUAUUAAUGAUAAUACUGUCAAUGUUAGUAGAGAUUUAGGCUCUAAAAGAAUUAUCAUUCCAAAAAAUCAAAGUUUAUUAAAAUUAAAAACCAAUGAGGGUGCUAUAAAUCUUGCUCCUAGUACAUCUGGAAAUCCAGAUGUAACUCGCUUACAUAGUACAGAAUAUAAAUGUCCUUUGCGUAUACUUAAAGUUCCAGAAAUCAAUAAUGUGGAAUUAUCUAACAAACCAAGUACUUCUCGAGAGAAUGGUAUCAAUAAUUACGCUGAAAACUCAACUUUUAUUAAUGAGGUAAAUCUUAAUUAUUCAAUUGAAACAAACGAUUCUGACAAAAAUUCAUCUAAUUCUGAUAUACAGUCAUGUUCCUCAUUAGAAAGUUUUCAUAAUUAUCAUGAACUUAAACAAAAACAGUUGUCAAAAUUUAUUAAAUUAAAAGGUGAUAAUUCAGUUAGAAAAACAUUGAUUCCCAGUGAAACAAAAACAUUUUCGCCGUACAUUGUUCAGACAAAAGCAGGUAUGCCUUUUAUUUUCAAUCCUAAGUUGGUGAAGGAAAACGGAUUGAAUGGAGAAAAUUCCAAAUUUAUGCAAAUAUCAGAUAUCCGUAUGUUAUCUGAUGGCCAAAAAAAAACGAUACUUGUGAAAAGAAGGUAUGUUGAAGUAAAUAAACCAUGCUUGAUCACAGUACCUCCGGAUGAUAAUCAAAAAACAAAACAAAAUUGCGUGGAAAAUUUAACAAACAAUUCAAUUAUGAUGCUUGAAAACAAAACAUUCGAUACAGAUUCAAACAUAAAAGAGCCUUCAGAUUUAAAUUCUUCCAAAAUUGUUCAUGACUUGAGUGUUAACGAUUCAGUUUUUACCCCAAAUAAUUCUUUACAAAUACUUGAAAAUAAUUUAAAUGAACCUGAGGAAUCAAUUUCUUAUGAGACUGAAAUUGGUAAUAAAGAAAGUAUCGAGCUAGAAGCUCCCGGAAACAGUACUAUUGAUGAAGAUAAAGAUUCUAAUACAUCGGGAGAUUCCAUUAACCUGCGAGUAGGGCCUAGUAAUCAAUCCAGUGAAAUACUCUUUGAAUUUCGUCCCCAAGAUGAUCAGCAAACUUUUAAUGAAGAAAGUAGUGGUGAUGAUUCCACUAUAACAACUCUAGAAACAUUUGUAGUUGAUAAAAAGACUAGUGGGAGUUCUAAAUUAAAUAAUGAUCCUGAUCUCAACAAUGAGACUUUAGAAAAAAAUGGAAAUGAAUUUUUUGAAAAUAAUGGCCAGGUUGCUGCAGAUGAUAAUUCUCCUAUAAUUUCAAAGCGAUGUUUAUCUGAUUAUGAAAAUGAACAGCCCAAUAAAAAAUUAAGAAGUGAAAAUUUAAGUCAGUCCAUAUUGCAAUCAAAUAUUUUACAGAAAGAAAAUAUCUCUUUGCAGAAUUGUAGUGUUUUAAUUAAACCGAAUAGUUUUAAUAGAAGUUACUUUUAUUCAUCACGUUUUGAUUGCUAUCUUCCAAAAUUUUUUGGUUUUAAAAAGCAUGAGGUAAGACCUCGACAUUUAUCAAUUUAUUUAAGAAAUCUUAAAAAACUUUUGAAAAAUUAAACAUGUUAAGUUACCAUGAGACAUCGUCUGGAAACCUAUGUAAAUUUUGUAUAUUUGUAAAUAAUGUAGAUUAAUUUUUGAUGAUUAUAAUAUAUAUAUAUAUUUGAAAGAAGUUGCUUUGAUUCAUCACAUUCUUUAAUAUAUAUCUUUAUACAUAUAUA